UCGACUGUGCCUUUAACUGCACCAUGCGGCAUUCCUUUUUUUCAUUGGUUACCGAGAGCGAGCCAUUUUCCUCUGUCAUAUUAUCUUCAAAGAAGUAGAGCAUUUGGUGAUAAGUUACUUAUCAGGCUAUAUCAGUGUGCAGAAGUUAAGAGAAUCUCUGGUGUGCAUUUUAAAGUAUGGAACUAAAAGAAACAAUGUUAAAAUGGUUUGCGCAAAACGGAAACGCCGUGCUGUACACUGUCGGGGCAGGAGUUGCACUGCUCGGACUUGGGCUCGGAUACAAGCACAUAUGGAAACCACAAAAGUUAACUCAGGUUGGCGUUGUUUCGCAGCUGAUUCUUCAUCCCCUCAAAUCCGGGAAAGGACUGCAAGUGUCAACAGCAGAAUGUCUGCGUAUGGGCCUUAAAUAUGGAAAACUCCAUGAUCGACACUGGCUCGUAAUCACAGAGGAUGGACAGAUGGUGACUGGGCGGCAGGAACCUCGCAUGGUGUUGCUGUCAAUGACGGCAGAGGGAGGAGAACUAUGCCUUAACGCUCCUGAUAUGGAGGAACUAAGAGUUCCCCUGAAUCAGACAACCAAUGAUGUAACUAAUUGUAGGGUGUUUGGUGCUGACAUCCAAGGGAGAGACUGUGGGGAGGAGGUCUCUCAGUGGCUCACACGUUACCUCGCUGCAGGCAAGCCUUUUCGUAUGGUGCACUAUGAGUCCCAGAUGAAGCCCAGAAAGUGUGUGAAGAUAGAGUCACCUUUUCCUGCAGAUGAGGAGGUAGCUUAUCCUGACACAGGCCCUGUGAUGCUGUUGUCUGAGUCAUCUGUGAGAGAUCUGAGCAGCAAGCUGGAUAAGGAUGUGACUGUGUCUCAAUUCCGUCCCAACAUUGUUGUCAGUGACUGUGAGGCCUUUAGUGAGGAUUCUUGGGAUGAAAUCCAGAUUGGGGAUGUACGGAUGAAGCGGGUUAUGGCUUGUGGAAGGUGCAUCUUCACCACUGUGGACCCUGAAACGGGAGUCAUCACCAGGAAAGAGCCUUUGGACACUCUCAGGAGCUACCGUCAAUGUGACCCAUCACAGAAGAAGAUAUAUAAAACAGCACCCUUGUUUGGACAGUACUUCAUUGUCAAACAGACUGGGAUCCUUCAUGUUGGCGAGCCUGUCUACAAGAUAAGCUACUGAGAUUAUCAUAUGUGGAUGCAAUAUCAAAAUGCUGCAUUUUGUUAAUAUUAAUGUCAGUAGUUUCCAUGCGCUUUAUGCCUACUUGAUUCUAUACCUGGGAUAUCCAGUAUGCUCCAGGUAUACCUGAAGAAGAUGAUGUAAUGUGCUUUUAGUUUACUUUAAUUGUUCACUAGGGUGUUUAUAGGACAUUUGUAGGACUUUUAUACAUUUUUGUGAAGAGAAAUAAAUAAUAUUUUUGAUUAUUGCUGGUUACUUGA